AUGACUUCCUUCACCACCAAUGAUCCCACCCCCUAUGUCCCUCAACCGUCGAUCACCAGCAACUCCAUCAGCUCUACCGCAACCUCCGCGACGACUACCAACUCGCCCACUCCCGCCGCCAGUGAAAACACUCUGGACGACUCGUUAACCACUACUCUUACUAUCAUCAUCCUCACCGCCAAAGAUGUGGACUCGAUCCCGGCCUGUCCUCAUUGCGAUCGUGCGCUUACACCAGACAUCGGUCUGGUUGAUAACAUGCGAACCCAUCCGACUCUGACCGACGUAUUAGUGCCAGCAGUCCCCACACACUAG